CACUUUGAACAUCCAACUGUAUAUCUUCGAAGUUUGAUCACCCAAAUUAAAUGGCCUCUUCAAAUGAAACCAAAAGCCAAAUCCAUGCCAGUAAUAUACAGGAAGAUCACGAGGAACAAGCUUCCUCAUACGAAAUGCAGCUUGUCAACUCAGCCACUCUGCCCAUUACUCUGCAUGCUGCACUUCAACUGGACAUUUUCCAGAUCAUAUCGAAAGCCGGAGCUGAUGCCAAGCUCUCCCCACAAGAGAUAGCAACCCAGUUGGGCACCCAGAACCCCGAUGCGCCCAUGAUGUUGGACCGCAUCCUUUGGCUCCUAGCGACCUACAAUGUGCUCACUUACUCUGCUAUUGUUAAUGAUCAUCAUGGUGAUCCUCAGAGACUAUAUGGUUUAGCACCUGUAUCCAAGUCUCAAUCGAAGGAUGCAAUUGUUGAAGGUGGAAGUACUCCAUUUGAAAGGGUCCAUGGAAUUCAUGCCUUUGAAUACGCUGCCAAAGACUCCAGAUUCAAUCAAGUUGGUGGUGGUCUAGGAGUCACUCUCAACUUCAUCACUUCCAAAUACCCUUCCAUCAAGGGAAUUAAUUUUGACUUGCCUCAUGUUGUUCAGCACGCCCCUCCUUACCCCGGGGUUGAACAUGUGGGAGGAGAUAUGUUCCAAAGUGUUCCUAAAGGAGAUGCCAUACUUGUGAAGUGGAUACUACAUGAUUGGAGUGAUGAUCUUUGUGUUAAACUGUUGAAAAAUUGUUACGAUACCACACCUGACAAUGGAAAAGUAAUCGUUGUGGAUGCAAUCGCCCCAAAUUUGCCCAAGAAAGAUAUUGCUUCAAUUGCCAUUGCUCAGAGGGACGUGUUUAUUAUGAUUAAAAACCAUGGAGGGAAGGAAAGGAUACAGCAUGAAUUCAUCGAGUUGGCAACUAGAGCUGGAUUCGGAGUCACCCUCAGCUUCAUCACUUCCAAAUACCCUUCCAUAAAGGGAAUUAAUUUCGACUUGCCUCAUGUUGUUCAACACGCUCCCCCUUACGCAGGGGUAGAACAUGUGGGAGGAGAUAUGUUCCAUAGUGUUCCUAAGGGAGAUGCCAUUUUUAUGAAGUGGAUACUACAUGACUGGAGUGAUGAUCACUGUGUUAAACUGUUGAAGAAUUGUUAUGAUGCUAUACCUGACAAUGGAAAAGUAAUCGUCGUGGACGCAAUUGCUCCAGUUUUGCCCGACAAAAAUGUUGCUUCAAGGGCCAUUGCUGAGAUGGACGUGGUAAUGAUGACUCAAAACCCUGGAGGGAAGGAAAGGACUCAACAAGAAUUCAUCAAGUUGGCAACUAGAGCUGGCUUCAGUAGCAUCAAAUAUAAAUGUUUUGUAUUUAACUCCUGGGUCAUGGAGUUUUUUAAGUAACACCUAAUAUUCACUAAUGCUAUGUUUGGGAAUGUGAGUUUAAUUGAAGUGUAUUUGAAUUUGGGACUUCAAAUUUAAAUAUACUAUUUGUUUAUACUAAAUAAGAAUGUAUUUGAAUCUACUUCAAAUACAUGUAUUUGGAACUACUUAUUUGAAAAUAAAAAUUGCAUUAUUUC